GAGAGCGGCGGCGGGGCUAAAAUAGCAUGUUGUUGCACCUGCAGAGAGGGGAAGAAAACACAGGCCCCGACCGGAGAGAAAUAAACUGACACGUUCACCCGCGCGAGCGUCGGGGCUCGUUCGUCCGUUAGCCCCCGCCAGCGGCGGACAUUGAUGCUAACGACAUAAAAGGCUAAUCACGUCGUGACGCCUGGCGAUGCUCCGCCGUCGUUUUCUUCUUCACAUGAACUGUAAUGUCACGUGUGUAAGUUAUAUUAUAUAAGUGAGUCCAUGUAGAGGCUUUUUUUUUUUGCCCUGCCAUGUUUCUCCGUGUGGUGAUGGUCAGUAUUUAACGCAUGAAGCCGGAAACUUAAUGCCCACCUCAGUUUCUUCAACCCCCCCUAGAAACGCGAUUCAGGAUCACAAAACACUGAAAUAUUUAUCUAGCUUUGUGUGUUAACCACGUCUGAAUAAAGACUGUUAACUUAUCAGCUCCAGUUCUGCCCUGUGACUGCAGAGAGUUGCAUUGAAAUAAAAGGUGCUCCUUCUCCUAAGUUGAGCACCUUCUUGUAGCCCACAACGAAAAAAGAUCCCAGAGAUUGCAAUAACCCCCCCCCCCCCACCCCUUGUGCAGCAGUAGUAGCGCAUCGGCCUCCAGAAAAGAGCAGUAUGAGUAAGGAACUGUCUCUAAGUCAGUCAGCUCAGUAUGUCGGGCCCUACCGACUGGAAAAAACACUGGGGAAGGGACAGACAGGACUGGUCAAGCUCGGGAUCCAUUGCAUCACGGGUCAGAAGGUAGCGAUCAAAAUAGUCAACAGAGAGAAGCUGUCCGAGUCGGUGCUGAUGAAGGUUGAGAGGGAGAUCGCCAUUCUGAAACUGAUUGAGCAUCCGCAUGUUUUGAAGCUGCAUGAUGUUUACGAGAAUAACAAAUACCUGUACCUGGUCUUGGAGCACGUGUCAGGGGGAGAGUUGUUUGACUACCUGGUGAAGAAGGGCCGGCUCACUCCCAAAGAGGCCAGGAAGUUCUUCAGGCAGAUCAUCUCCGCUUUGGAUUUCUGCCACAGUCAUUCCAUCUGUCACAGAGACCUGAAGCCCGAGAACUUGCUCCUGGAUGAAAAGAACAACAUCCGUAUCGCUGACUUCGGCAUGGCCUCCCUACAGGUGGGAGACAGUUUGUUAGAGACCAGCUGUGGAUCACCGCAUUAUGCUUGCCCUGAAGUUAUACGGGGCGAGAAGUAUGACGGGCGGAGAGCCGAUGUGUGGAGCUGCGGGGUCAUUCUCUUUGCUCUGCUGGUGGGCGCCCUGCCCUUCGACCACGACAACUUACGCCAGCUCCUGGAGAAGGUGAAGAGCGGGGUGUUCCACAUGCCCCACUUCAUCCCCCCGGACUGCCAGUCCCUGCUCAAGGGCAUGAUCGAGGUCAACCCCGAGAAGAGGCUCACGCUCGAGGCCAUCCAGAAACAUGCCUGGUAUCUGUGAGUAUAUCUCCUAUUUGUCCCUUGAAUGAGGUAAUAAUCUAAAGUGAUGCUGUGUCUAAUUUAAUUAUAUAGACUGUACCUGUGUCAUG